AAAUGGCCGCUGCGUGCGUCCGUCCGCCCGGCGGCCCCGAGACGGCAGUUGCUGGGCAUGCUCCCUGCGUGCCCCGCACUGGCAUGGCCGCCGCCUUCACGAGAGUGACUCUAACUCUCGGCUUCCGGUCGUAGCCGGCCGGCGCUCAUUUCUCUUCGGGAAGCUUAGCGGAGCCGGGGAAAGGUGCGCCGCGGACGGUGAGAGGGAGCUGCGAGCGUCCGCGCCGGCUGCUCACCGGGAAGAUGGCUGAGGGCGAGCGGCAGCCGCCGCCAGAUUCUUCAGAGGACACCCCUCCAGCUACUCAGAACUUUAUCAUUCCAAAAAAGGAGAUCCACACAGUUCCAGAUAUGGGCAAAUGGAAGCGCUCUCAGGCAUAUGCUGACUACAUCGGCUUUAUCCUUACCCUCAACGAAGGCGUGAAAGGGAAGAAGCUGACCUUCGACUACAAAGUCUCUGAGGCCAUUGAGAAGCUGGUAGCUCUUCUUGAUACGCUGGAUAGGUGGAUUGAUGAGACCCCGCCGGUGGACCAGCCUUCCCGGUUUGGGAACAAGGCCUACAGGACCUGGUAUGCCAAACUUGAUCAGGAAGCAGAGAACUUGGUGGCCACAGUGGUUCCCACCCACCUGGCGGCGGCUGUGCCUGAAGUGGCAGUUUACUUGAAGGAGGCUGUGGGGAACUCCACUCGCAUUGACUAUGGCACAGGCCAUGAGGCUGCCUUUGCUGCUUUCCUCUGUUGUCUCUGCAAGAUCGGGGUGCUCCGGGUAGACGACCAGGUGGCUAUUGUCUUCAAGGUGUUUGAUAGGUACCUCGAGGUUAUGCGGAAGUUGCAGAAGACAUACAGGAUGGAACCUGCAGGCAGCCAGGGCGUGUGGGGUCUGGAUGACUUCCAGUUCCUGCCCUUCAUUUGGGGCAGCUCACAGCUCAUAGACCACCCCCACCUGGAGCCCAGACAUUUUGUGGAUGAGAAGGCGGUGAGCGAGAACCACAAGGACUACAUGUUCCUUCAGUGCAUCCUGUUCAUCACUGAGAUGAAGACCGGCCCCUUUGCAGAGCACUCCAACCAGCUGUGGAACAUCAGUGCUGUCCCCUCGUGGUCUAAAGUGAACCAAGGCCUCAUCCGCAUGUAUAAGGCGGAGUGCCUGGAGAAGUUCCCUGUGAUCCAGCACUUCAAGUUCGGGAGCCUGCUGCCCAUCCAUCCUGUCACAUCAGGCUAGGAGAGCCUGAGCCGCCAGAGCCACCCUGGCCAGGUUCCUGUCCCCUCUGACCCGGCACCCUCCACCCACCUUGUGUUCUUUCUGUUUGAUGAGACGCUCUUUACUGAGAUGGGUGCUGAACAGGGCCUGAGUCGGGGAAAUUGACCGAAGUGUGGCCAGUUUCUGACUGUCCGUCUGCUGGGCAAGCAAGAAGAGGGGCUGGGACGUGGUCUCAGGGCCCCUGCCCACCCCUGCCCUCCCUGCUUCCUUCCUCUCUAGCCCAGGCCCAUAUGGAGACAAGGGCGGCCUGCUCUUCCCAUUGCUCCCUUUUCCCAUGAUGGGACUCCUCCUUCAGAGAGGAAUGCUGCACCUCCGGAGCGGCUGGUCAGCUUCCCCGAGCUGUCUGCUGUGGGGCUGCAGGCUGAGGCUCUCAGCAGCUGGGGAGGGCUGAGGGCGAGCUGAUGAGGUUGGCCUUCUCAAGGUGGCCUGCUAGGCCCCGAGGUUACCUGUGCCCAUCCUCAUUCUGGCUUCUGUUCCCUGGCCCUUGGACUUGCCGGGUUUCCUGACUGUUAGUACUGUUCCCCUCCUGGGGGUAGCCUAGCUAUGGAAACUUCCCUGAGCUCCUGGGAAAGCCUGUAGAGUGGGGGAGGACUGUCUUUCCAGAACUGUCUCCGGCAGGGAGAGAAUGGUAGAGACUCGGGGAGGCACUAGGGCUAUUGUGUGCGGAGAACCUGGUUUCCCCCGGUCAGUCUUAGGCCUGACCAGUGCUGCCCCUUCUCCCUGCUUCAGUGGCCUUGAGCUUCAUCUGAGGCCCUUGCUUGCUGCUCUGCUCCCGUGGGUCGGCCUGGGGCUGGUGUGAGAUGGCAGGGGAGGCGGCAGCCCUCUCUUCCGACCCUUUAUGAGAUGAGGCAAGUGUACCCUGGUCCUGGGCACAGACUCAGAACGGGCAGGACUGCUGAGGGGGACCUAGCCCAGUCAGCAGCUUUCCCCAGUGCUGUGGCUGAGCUGGUCCCUGCAGGCUUCCCUGCCACCCUCCCGUCCUGCACCGCUCCCCUGUGCCUGUGACCACGGAGCCUUUGGGGGGUGGACACUGAGCGCACAGCCCAGGGGCUUGGCCAGAGUUAGCAAUGCUCUGCACAGAGCUGGGACUCAAGUCAUCGGUGUCACAGGUAGUUUCCCAGGAAAGGCCCAGUGCCAGCCUCCCUUCCAGGGCCAGGCCACCACCUUCCUGGGUCCCUAGCCCUGCGCCUCUCCCUCCCCUGUCCCUGGGUCCCUAGGCCUGCGCCUCCUUUGCUGUUUGGAUUAAAGCCUCUGUUUUACACCUGG